AUGGGAAGCCCACAGCAGCAUCUUGAAGCUGCCAAUCACAAAGCAGUCUUGAAGGCAUCUCUUCCAUUAUCUACCCUAAAUGCUGAGUCAAAUCACCAGGAACCACCAGCGUGGAGGAAGUUCCUGGCAUUUGUAGGUCCGGGUUUCUUGGUCUCUUUGGCUUACCUUGAUCCUGGAAACCUGGAAACUGAUCUCCAAGCCGGAGCCAACCACAGAUAUGAGCUGCUGUGGGUGAUUUUUAUUGGACUCAUCUUUGCUCUCAUUAUUCAGUCGUUGGCCGCGAACCUCGGCGUAAGCACUGGCAAACACCUUUCGGAAUUAUGUAAAGCGGAGUAUCCCUUGUUGGUCAAGUAUUGCUUAUGGUUGUUAGCCGAGUCUGCCGUCAUAGCCGCUGACAUCCCCGAAGUAAUUGGCACCGCCUUUGCUCUCAACAUCCUCUUCCACAUCCCACUAUGGGCCGGAGUUCUGUUAACUGGUUUCAGCACUCUCUUGCUCCUGGGUCUGCAGACAUUUGGGGUGAGGAAGCUGGAAACGGUGAUAUCAAUGCUAGUGUUUAUAAUGGCGGGAUGUUUCUGGGGAGAAAUGAGCUACGUAAAGCCAGCAGCUUCUGAUGUAGUGAAAGGCAUGCUUGUGCCCAAACUCAGUGGUCAUUCAGCCACAGCCGACGCUAUUGCCCUUCUAGGUGCUCUUGUUAUGCCCCACAACAUCUUCCUUCAUUCUGCUCUUGUGCUUUCUAGACAAGUACCCUCUACAGUGCGUGGCGUUAAUGAUGCAUGUAGAUACUUUCUGAUAGAGAGUGGAAUUGCACUCCUUAUAGCGUUUCUAAUCAAUGUGGCAGUAAUUUCCGUAUCUGGCACUGUUUGUUCCGCCCCUGACAUUUCUGAGGAAAAUGCAGAUCGUUGCAGCGAUCUUACUCUUAACUCUGCUUCUUUCCUCCUCGAGAAUGUUCUGGGACGGUCCAGCUCAAUCAUUUACGCGGUUGCGCUACUUGCCUCUGGCCAAAGCUCUACUAUUACUGGCACAUAUGCUGGGCAAUACAUUAUGCAGGGUUUCUUGGACCUCAAGAUGAAAAAAUGGAUUAGGAAUUUGGUCACUAGGUCUAUUGCAAUAACUCCUAGUCUUAUUGUCUCCAUUAUUGGUGGAUCAUCUGGGGCAGGACGACUUAUCAUCAUUGCCUCGAUGAUACUUUCAUUUGAGCUUCCAUUCGCUUUGAUCCCACUUCUCAAGUUUAGCAGCAGCAGCACCAAGAUGGGUCCUCACAAGAAUUCGAUCAUCAUCAUAGUCAUGUCAUGGAUUCUCGGGACAGGGAUAAUUGGAAUCAAUGUGUACUACCUCAUUACAGGGUUCGUGAGUUGGCUAAUUCAUAGCAGUCUACCUAAGGUUGCAAAAGUGUUCAUUGGGAUCAUAGUGUUUCCUUUAAUGGCAACGUACGUCAUGGCGGUACUUUACCUAACCGUUAGAAAAGACACCGUAAAGACAUAUAUUGAGACGAAGAACGACCCAGUAGUACAAACCCACAUGGAAAAGGGGUUGAUGAAUCCUAAUGGGCAAUUGGAGUUGGGUCGUGUUCCCUACAGAGACGAUUUAGCCGACAUAUCAUUUCCAGAAUAGGGGACGGCAAGUAUCCGUAAUUUCUUGCGGUUCUCCGUGUGAAUUUGAAUGUACUGUAAUUCCAAGAUUCAAAUUUCAUCAAGUUCCUAGAUCUUCGUGGAUGAAGAAGAUAGAGAUAUUUAUAUUCGGCAUGCCGACAUAUGAAAUUUAUGAAUAGAUUGUGAAAAACCUUAGACUCUUGUACUCUCGGGAAGUUCAGGGCAUUACCACGCCUUCACAUUCUAUGGAGCAAUGUAAACUUCUUCGAUCUGGUACAACCCAACUUUUGUCGAUAAACUGGUCGGCCGUUGCCAUACCCUAUCCCUGAGAUGCUCGGUUGUGAGGGAGAUGCAGACAUCAUCUGAUGCCUACAACCGUCGUUAAUGUUAGUAAUGAACAAUGUAACUGAUUUCUUCUAA